GCGCGGGGAGGGCGCUGAGGAUCCGGGGCUGCUCGGCCGCAGGCGGCCUCCAGCGCCGCGGGAUGUAGCGCCCGGGACCGCGGCCCCCAGCAGAGCCUGCCCGCCCUGCCCGUCAACCAUCACAGGGAGAUCUCUGCCUCCUGGGGCUGAGAGCCCCCGAGCUCCCGCAAGCGGAAGCUGCAGGGUACCGCGGUGCCAGCCUGAUGUCUUCCCACAAAGGAUCCGCGGCGGCACAGGGCAACGGGGCACCUGCCAGUAACAGGGACACAGACUCGGUGGAGCUGACCGAACUGGGACCCCUCUUAGAAGAGAAGGGCAAGCGAGCAGUCACCAACCCAACCAAAGCUGAAGAAGAGCAAACAUGCCCGGUGCCCCAGGAAGAAGAGGAGGAGGUGCGGGUGCUGACGCUGCCCCUGCAGGCCCACCACGCCAUGGAGAAGAUGGAGGAGUUCGUGUACAAGGUGUGGGAGGGCCGCUGGCGGGUCAUCCCAUACGACGUGCUGCCCGACUGGCUGAAGGACAAUGACUACCUGCUCCACGGCCACCGGCCGCCCAUGCCCUCCUUCCGGGCCUGCUUCAGAAGCAUCUUCCGCAUCCACACGGAGACUGGCAACAUCUGGACCCACCUGCUUGGUUUCGUGCUGUUUCUCUUUUUGGGAAUCUUGACCAUGCUCAGACCAAAUAUGUACUUCAUGGCCCCCCUCCAGGAGAAGGUGGUGUUCGGGAUGUUCUUCCUGGGCGCAGUGCUCUGCCUCAGCUUCUCCUGGCUCUUCCACACCGUCUACUGUCAUUCAGAGAAAGUCUCUCGGACUUUUUCCAAACUGGAUUAUUCAGGGAUUGCUCUGCUGAUUAUGGGGAGCUUCGUCCCCUGGCUCUAUUACUCCUUCUACUGCUCCCCACAGCCCCGGCUCAUCUACCUCUCCAUCGUCUGUGUCCUGGGCAUUUCUGCCAUCAUCGUGGCACAGUGGGACCGUUUCGCCACCCCUAAGCACCGGCAGACAAGAGCAGGUGUGUUCCUGGGGCUUGGCUUGAGCGGCGUCGUGCCCACCAUGCACUUUACCAUCGCCGAGGGCUUUGUCAAGGCCACCACGGUGGGCCAGAUGGGCUGGUUCUUCCUCAUGGCUGUCAUGUACAUCACCGGAGCCGGCCUUUACGCUGCGCGCAUUCCUGAGCGCUUCUUUCCGGGAAAAUUUGACAUUUGGUUCCAGUCUCAUCAGAUCUUCCACGUCCUGGUGGUGGCAGCAGCCUUUGUCCACUUCUACGGGGUCUCCAACCUCCAGGAGUUCCGUUACGGCCUGGAAGGCGGCUGCACUGACGACUCCCUUCUCUGAGCCUUCCCACCUGAGCGGUGAGGAGGAACUUCCCAAGUGCUUUUAAAAAUAACUUCUUUGCUGAAGUGAGAGGAAGAGUGUGAGUUGUCUGUUUCUAGAAGAAACCUCUUAGAGAAUUCAGUAUCAGCCGAGCUGCAGCCCAUGGUCACCCCACUGGGCAGUACACUUGCAUGUCCUUCCUGCCAGCCGGGCAGGGUGGCGACGGGCCCACCUGGCCAUCCCCUCCUUGGCACGGCAGCUGCUGGCCCCUCACAGAGACGGAACUUUGAAGCUCAUGUUGAGAUUUUACCCCUUCCUCUAACCAUUUUGGGGAAAAAAUACGGACUGGGACUCUUCAGAAAUUCUGGUUUUUUUCUGGAAGAAAACGUCCCUCCCUUACCCCGUCCUUACUUUGUAACCUGGCUUAUGACAGGCCAUCGUUUUUGUAGCACACUUUUCACAAACAAGUAUAACCUGGCCCCAUCCUUCUAGGGCCCGGGUCUGCUUACACAGCAGGAAGCAUAAAGCCACCAACUGGUUCCGAGCCCGGCUAAUCAUGGAGGUGUGUCCAGGCUUCAGAUAACUUGAGUUUUAAUUUUUUUUCUUGGCAGAGUAAUGUAAGAUUAAAAUGGGGAAAGAUAUUUAAUAUUUAAUACUAAGCUUUAAAAAGAAACCUGCUAUCAUUGCUAUGUAUCUUGAUGCAAAGAGUAUGAUGAUAAUAAAAGAACAUACAGAAGACACUUGGCAUUCAAAGAUUCAA